GAUUGUGCUGAUGGAUGAUGCUAUGGAUUGCCUGAUGUCUUUUUCUGAUUUCCUCUUUGCUUUCCAGAUCCAGUUCUACUACUCAGAGUUCCUGGAAAGCGUGGCAGUCAUUUAUCAAGAUCUACUGGCUGGUAAGAAUCCAAAUACUGUGAUUGUGCCAACAUCAUCCUCUGGACAACAUCGGCAGCGCCAACCCUCAAAUGACUGCAGCCCACUCGAUGGGGUAGAGGCAUCUCUCUUCUACCAGUGCCUAGAGUCCUUGUGUGAUAGAUCAAAAUACAGCUGUCCACCUUCUGCUCUUGUGAAGGAAAUGUUGAGUAGUGCACAGAGACUGACCUUCUAUGGAUUCCUUAUGGCACUUGCAAAGGAUCAGGGGAUCAAUAGAGCCCUAGGGGCUUUGCCAGAUAAAGGUGACUUGUUUCUGGACCCUGCCAUGGAUCAGGAACUUGAGAAAUUGGUAGCUCAAGUUUCAGGGCUUUCUGUCUCUGGUCCCACCAGUUUCAGUGGGGACACAGCUAAUUUGCCUGUCCGUAACUCACCCAGGAUUAACUCUCCCUGGAAACCUCUACACCAUCGGCGAAAAAUGGAUGCUGAGAGUGAAGGCUCCAAUGAAGAGACAGACUCCUCUGGAAAUUAA